GAGAGUUGUCUCAAUGGUAAUCAUAUCACAACUUAUUCAAGUUGUAUAAGCUACAGGUAAUUGGAACUCAACUUCAUCAAAAGCUACUUUGACCAAAAAAUUUAACAUAAAGUAAGGUAGACGGACAGACGGACGAACCAACCAACGACCGGACAUAGAGAGAGAGCAACGUAACGAACGUUACGUUUUCGUCGAAGUUAACGACUGCGCAGAAGAAUAAUUGUCAACCACGUCAUUAUCAUUACCGCUGACAACGUCGAAGUUUCGCUGAUGUCUGCAGGACUAAUUCUUAGACUUCUAAUAAGACAAAAUAUUGAGAUGACAGACCAAGACAAAAAAGAGCAACAUGCUUUGUAUUUUUACGGUGCGUUUCUAAGGGAAGCUGUUUUUGAGUGUUUACUUGAGGAGUGGAAAAACAUAGAGACUGACAAAAGAACAGCUUUGAAGAAAGAAAUGGAAGACACGGAUAGUGAAAAUGAAGAGAACAAAAUGAGGAUCUUACAAGAAUGGAAAAAUAGCCUAGAGAAUGAUAGGGUAGCAAAAGAACAGCAGACAAAAACAGGGCCUGUUAUAACAAAGAUAUACCAGCAGAAAAUCGCAGAAAACCCAUUUAAGCAUGCGGAAGGAUAUGUUUAUCAGAAUCCAGAAGAGCAGAACGCCAAAGACAAACCAAAGAAUAAAAGAGAAAUAAAGAGAGAAGAAAAAAGAAGGCUGGAGAGAGCCAGAGAGGAAGAAAAGAUGAUAAAGAAACAAUUCGAAACAAUAGACACACUGAUGGAAAACUAUUCAAGGGAGGUAAGAGUUCAGUGGAAAAAAGAACUGAAGAGAGAACAGAUGACAAGAAAGGGUUGGAGAGAGAGAAGAAAAUUACAAAAAGGAAUGAAAACAAAUAAAGAAGAAAAGGAAAAAGUACAAAUCAAAAUGUUGAUAAAUGAUAUCAGGAACAUAGAUAUAUUAGAUAUACUGUUCCCAGAGGAUAUCGAUAUGGAAAAGAAAGAAGAGAAAGAAGAAAGUAAAGAAACACAAACAGAUAUCAAUGUCAAUGUUAAAAUCGAUGAUCAAAGAAAAUCAAAGAAGAAAACAGUAACAGAAAGAAUUCACUCAUUGUUCAUGUCAUUGUGUUGUAUUAAAGGACAGUAAAAAGUUGUGUAAUUAAUGAUAA